UUAGCCUAUACAAUCUGACUUCACUUGAACUUUAAAAAACGAUGAAACUUUCUCUCUUCAAACUACAGUUCUUCGCCUCAUGAUGAUAAGAUGAAAUGCAAAUUUCCCGUAGCCUAAUUGCCCUUUAAGAAAACCUCGUAAUGUUAUAUUUGCUUUUUUCACAAUUGAAAGCAGUCAGUGUUGUCUGACCACGCCCUCGGAGACUAUCUGUGACUCCCGUCCCGCUCUCCUCCCUAAAACUCUCGAGAUCAAACUUCAGCAGAUACUUCACCGAGAGAGUCGCGCAGUCUUGGAGUCACGCCGGAUUCGAGCCAUACUUCGGACUAACGUUACUAAUGGAGAGUGAGCUGAGAACCUGACGAGUCUGUCUAGUCAUAGUGUUUUUUGUCUAAAGAUGGCAAAAAAUAACACUUGCAACUAUGAUAAGCCCAUGGGCUUUUUCUACAACAACAGCAACAUAACCUCAGAUGAAUGGGAACAAACGCAGCUCAUCCUGGUUCAGUGUGCUGGAUCCAUCUGCUGUUGCUUCAUCCUAGUGGCCAACGCCAUGAUCAUUGCAGCGGUGGUGACAAACAGGAGGUUUCACUACCCCUUCUACUAUCUCCUCGCCAAUCUCGCCGCCUCAGACUUUCUCGCCGCGAUCGCCUACGUGUACCUCAUGUUCAAUACAGGCAAAAUAUCUCGGGAUCUAACCGUUCAAGGCUACUUCUUUCGACAGGGUUUGCUGGAUGCGAGUCUCUCCGCAUCCCUGACCAACCUCCUGGUGAUCGCUCUCGAACGUUACAUCUCCAUCAUGAACUGGAAGGUCCACAGUAACCUCACCAAACGUCGAGUGACCCUGUUGAUCGCCUUUGUGUGGGGUGUAUCGAUAUUCAUGGGGGCCGUACCUAGUUUGGGCUGGAACUGCAUCUGUAGUCUUGACCUGUGCUCCAAACUGGCUCCCAUCUUUAGCCGGAGCUACCUGAUCUUCUGGUCCAUGUCCAACCUGGUGCUCUUCCUCAUUAUGGUGUGCAUAUAUUUGAGGAUAUACAUCUAUGUGAUGAAAAAGACUGCCGUCUUGAAGGCGCACACUGCAGGAUCUUUAAAUCGGAAGAGGACGCCAGUCAAACUCAUCAAAACUGUGAUGACCGUACUAGGGGCCUUUGUGAUCUGUUGGACCCCUGGACUUGUGGUUCUGCUCAUGGAUGGCCUCGAUUGCGAUCGAUGCGAUGUCCUGAAGUUCAAACGCUGGCUGCUGCUCCUCGCCGUCCUCAACUCCGUCUUAAACCCGAUCAUCUACUCCUACAGAGAUGAGGAAAUGUGGACCACCAUCAAGAACCUGAUGCGCUGCGUUCGCGUCGGGACGAGGCGACAGAGGUCGUCCAAAGCCAACAUUGAACGGGGCUCCGGUCGGGAGACAACCAGCAGCCUGAAAGAGAAUACAGGAGAGGACAGCAAGGUGUCCACACAGGAGAUGCUGAAGUCUUGAAGGUGAAAUCUCGUUUUUAACUCCACGAAAACCAUUCCUAGCAAGAUGGCUUGCCAUUGCUCUGAAAUACUUCCGCAGACUGCGGUCAGAGAUGAAAAAUUAGACCAGAACUCAAAGAGAGAAUUUAAUGAUGACAGUACAAAGCAAUGCACUUGUGCAACUUAUAUUGUUAGUCACCCACAUGAAACAUGUCUGAGGAUGUGUACUACACCCACCAGGCCACAUCUUCAAUAGCAAUGCUCAUUAAGUCAGCAUUUACAACGGUUUUUCAGAAUCAGAAGCGGCUUUCAUUAGUGCUCUGUACCAGUGUAAAAUCUGUGUGAACUUGUUGAUUACUUCCUAAGUGUACUGUAUCUUUUAAACAGACUCUUGACUUUUUUUAUAAAUCUUAAAAUGAUGUAUAGAUGUUGUAGAUAUUAAUGUAAGCAUUUGAGUGAUUUCAUAUGCAUUUCACAGUCAUCAUAUGUAAGAAUAGUGAUUAUUUAAAGGUCUGUACUGUAUAUUGCCGAUUACUAUCAUGAUUAUGUGGUCCUGCAUGAUUAAGUGGGCAAUUAUGCCAAUGUAAAUACAUAGCGGUACUGCUAAUUUGUAUCUGUGGUUUCAUGUGAAAAAGAUAAAUGUCUUUUAUAACAAA